GCCGCGGCCCAUUUCACGAAAAUGGCCUUACACUUUGGUGACACCACACGGCCCGGCCGGCAGAGCAGACCUUGCGUUCCACUACAAAAAAAAAAGGCAGAGCAGACCCUACCUUAACUUCCACACAGCAGCGGCGGCGGCGGCGGCGGUACGAUUAGCUUCCUCGCCGGCGCGAUCGACGCCCACUCCGCCACCAGCCUAUGACAUCUGGUACCCGCCUCUGAGAUCCGGAACGAUGGCGGAGACGCAGCCGCGCUCGCCGCCGCCGUCGUGGUCGGCCAUCCCGCUGGACCUGGCAAGCCUGGUGCUCCGCCUCCUCCCCGCCUAUGCCGACCGCGCCCGCUUCGCCGCCGUGUGCCCGCAGUGGCGCGACGUCGCGCAGCAGUUCCUCCGCCUGCACCCGCCGCUGCCGCUGCUCGCGCUCCCGGACGGCACCUUCUACAGCCUCCCCUACGCCAAGCCCUUCCGCUUCCCGGGAUUCGGCUUCGCCGGGUACCAGGGCGUCUGCGGCAGCUGGCUCGUCUUCCCGCGCGACGACGAGUGCUUCCUGCAUGACCCGUUCGCCAGGGCAACCGUCAGGCUCCCUCCUCUCUCGCGCGUCCGGCUGCGUCCUCCAAACGCAGUCCAGAAAUGGACAAAAUGGGAAGACGGGGAGCGCUCCCCCGACCCUUACACCACAUGGAUGCAUAUAGAGGACAUGGAAGGGAAGCUGCGCAUGAGCAAGAUAAUAUUGUGCUCUCCCAACCUUGUUGCUGCUCUGGUCGGUGUUGGAAGGCCCUGUCACCUUCCAAUAUGCCAUCCAGGAGGCCCCAGUCAGAUUCUAAUGUGCCAGCCGGGGGCCUCGUCGUGGUCAGUACGCGCGUACGACAGGUGUAGGCUUUAUGAAGACAUGGCGUUCUACCAGGGCAAGCUCUACGCCAUUGCCAAUGAUGAGAACCUCUUUGUGGUGAACAUCAGCCAGGACCAAUGCACCGGGGAUCCACAGGUUUCUCGAGUUGGACAGGUCAUCAAGGGUGAUCCCUGGCAGACAGUUGCGUCCGAAGGUGACAAUGCACCCGGCAAGAAGCUCUACCUGGUUGAAUCACGCGGUCCAACCCUGUUCGGCAUCGACCACCCGACUCUCUCCGCGGUGAACGAGUCCGCCGGGUUCGUGGUCCUCUCGCGGACAGUCGAGCUCUGGCGCGGCGGUGAUGGCCGGCAGGGACCUCCCCGCCAGGCAUCCUUCAACACAAGCUUCACCAUGGACGGGACCUCGCCUGUGGCGUUCGUCGUCCUCCUCGACAGGUUCCCGACGUAUAAGGGAAAGUUUAUCAGCGUGACGACGUUCGUCUCGGGCCCCGGCGACCCCACGGAGCGCGGCAGCAACCGCUUUGCCACCGUCGAGGUUGGCACGGUGAAGUCGUACGCCCCGGAGUCUCCACGCGUGGGCCUCAACGUCACCGUCACGCCCAGCGGCGCGACGCCGAUGGUGACCGUGUGGAUCGACUACCAUGCCGUGCUGUCCCGCCUCGGAGUCUUCGUCGCCCCCACCGGCCGGACUAAGCCCCGCGAGCAGCUCGUCGGCGACUCGGCCGUCAACUUGACGGGUCGCACCAACCAGUCCGCGUUCGUCGGCUUCUCGGCCUCCAGGGUGGCCUAUGUCCUCUCCGGCGUCCGCGGCUGGGAUCUAACGGUGGAGAGGCUCUCGCCGGCCGCCGAGAAGGAUGAUAAUAAGAAGUCAUGGCUGGUGAUACUGCUCGCCGUUCUAGGAUCUGUGGCUUCCACGGCUGCCGUGGCCGCCGCCGUCGGUUUUUACUACAACUCCAGGUACAGGAGGUGGAAGAAGGACCUGGAGCAGCUGGCCAAGUCCAUGCAACGACUCCCGGGGAUGCCAUGCCGGAUCGACUUCUCCGACAUUAAGAAGGCCACGAAGAACUUCGACGGCACAAUGAAGUUGGGAUCGGGAACCUUUGGCUCCGUGUACAGAUGCAGGCUUCCUGCAGCACCAGAGACGGGCCGUCCAGAAAUGGAGGUGGCCGUCAAGAAGUUCACGCGAAACGACAACCGCCGCUUCGACGACUUCCUGGAGGAGGUCAGCGUCAUCAACCGUCUGCGCCACAAGAACAUCGUCCCUCUCAUCGGUACGUAG